AUGGGGGUAGCAAAUCAGUCCAUGGCUUCAGAUUUCAUUCUUGUAGGACUCUUCAGCCACUCUGGACCACACCUGGUCCUCUUCUCCCUUGUGUGCGCCAUGUUCACCACAGGCCUUCUGGGCAACACCAUCCUGUUCUUCUUGAUCUGGACAGACACUAGGCUCCACUCACCCAUGUACUUCCUGCUCGGCCAACUCUCACUGUUGGACAUUGGGUUUCCAUUGGUCACCAUCCCCAAGAUGGCGGCCAACUUCUUGCAGGGAGGGAGUUCCAUCUCCUUCGGAGGCUGUGCAGCUCAGAUGUUCUUCCUGAUGUCAGUGGGUGUCUCUGAGGGUGUCCUGCUGUCUCUCAUGUCUUAUGACCGCUACGUGGCCGUGUGCCAUCCCCUGCAUUAUGCCAUGCUCAUGAGACCCCAGGUCUGCCUGCUCAUGGUGGGCACUUCCUGGUUCUCAGGCGUGCUGGUGGCCUCCAUCCAGACGUCCAUCACUCUGCACUUCCCCUACUGUGCCUCACGCACAGUGGACCACUUCUUCUGUGAGGUGCCCGCCCUACUGAAGCUCUCCUGUGCAGACACCUCUACCUAUGAGUUGGCGCUGUCCGUGUCAGGAGUACUGAUCUUGCUUCUGCCCAUCUCGCUCAUCGCCACCUCCUACAGCCAUGUGUUGGGGGCUGUUCUCCGCAUGCGCUCAGCAGAGGCCCGGCGCAAAGCCUUCACCACGUGCUCCUCGCACAUCACCGUGGUCGGGCUCUUCUAUGGCGCAGCCGUGUUUAUGUACAUGGUACCAGGCACCUACCACAGCCCACAGCAGGACAAUGUGGUCUCCCUCUUCUACAGUCUCAUCACCCCCACACUGAACCCCCUCAUCUACAGCCUGAGGAACAGAGAAGUUCAAGUGGCCUUGGUCAAGGUCCUUAGCAGAGCUGGUGUUCGGUCAAAGAGAUGA